CAGGAACACAGCUACUACCUAGUAGUUGUAGGUAUUCACUUUCUUAGUAGAGGCCAGAUUGAUUCUAUUAAAAUAGAAGAAAUAUUUCAAGUUUAUAAGACAACAUUAAAGAUAAGGGACAGGAGCCUUACAAAACAAACAAAAGUCAACUUUUAAUCUCUCCUACAUAACUUGAAGUUGAAUACCUACCUAGAACUACUAAUCAUCUAGUAGCUGGAGGUAUUAAAAUAAAACUAUCACGAGCAACGCACUCGGUAUUAAAAUACUAAACACUUUAGCAGCUGGUCUCAACAACUUUCACUGGCGAGCUUCUCGCCCCAGUCACCCCUCCUAACCUUGCCCACCAUGCCACAAAUAUUCUCCCCUCGAUCUAUACUAUUAUGUGUAGUCUUCUUAUUCUCUACAAACGUUCUCGCCAUAUCCGCUGUUCUUGGUAUUGAUCUCGGCACCGAAUAUAUCAAGGCCACUCUCGUUAAACCCGGCAUACCUCUCGAGAUCGUCCUAACCAAGGACUCGCGAAGAAAAGAGGCUGCCGCAGUCGCAUUUACACCUUCACAAAAUGCACCAAAGAGCGGUUCAUACCCUGAGAGGACAUAUGGCUCCGACGCCGUAGCCCUUUCCGCUAGAUUCCCCGGCGAUGUAUACCCGAACCUCAAAGUCCUUCUUGGCCUUCCCGCAGACGACUCGAUUGUGAAGGAAUAUGCUGCAAGACACCCCGCUUUACAAUUAGAGGCGCACAAGACUCGCGGUACUGCUGCGUUCAAAAGCAAGGCUACGCCCAAUGAGGAAGCAUGGAUGGUGGAAGAGUUAUUGGCAAUGGAGCUCCAGAGUGUUCAGCGCAAUGCGGAGGCGUUGGCUGGCUCCGACAGCAACGUCCGAUCUGUCGUCAUUACCGUCCCGCCAUACUACACUAUUGAAGAGAAGCGCGCUGUGCAGUUAGCUGCAGAGCUUGUUGGUCUCAGAGUGUUGUCCUUGAUUAGCGACGGUCUUGCCGUUGGGCUGAACUACGCUACGAGCCGAACGUUCCCUACCGUCAACGGAGGAGGCAAACCAGAGUAUCACAUGGUAUUCGACAUGGGUGCUGGCUCCGCCAAGGCAACCAUCAUGAAGUUUCAGGGUCGAUCUGUUAAGGAUGUCGGCAAAUUUAACAAAACGGUUCAGGAAGUGCAGGUUGUGGGAAGUGGUUGGGACAGGACUCUGGGUGGUGAUGCUCUCAACUACUUGAUUGUGGACGACAUGAUCUCCAAGUUUGUUGAGACGUCCGCUGCGAAGAAGGCCUCGGUGGCGGCAGAAGGUGUUCAGGGACAUGGGCGCGCUAUGGCUAAGCUUUUCAAGGAGGCCGAAAGGCUGAGACACAUUCUCAGCGCUAAUGCUGAGAGUGGUGCCAGUUUUGAAGGUCUUUACGACGAUAUUGACUUUAGAUACAAGAUUAAUCGGGCAGACUUCGAGAAGAUGGCCGAAGUGCAUGCUGAAAGAGUUGGUGCCAUCAUUCUACGGGCACUAGAGGUAGCCGAGCUUGAUAUUAAACAACUCGACUCCAUCAUUCUUCAUGGUGGCGCCUCUCGAACACCUUUUGUCCAGAAGCAGCUCGAAAAGAUUGCAGGAAGUGACAAGCUUCGCAGUAAUGUCAACUCAGACGAGGCAGCUGUUUUCGGCGCCGCUUUUCGAGCAGCAGAGCUUAGCCCCAGCUUCCGAGUCAAGGAGAUCAGAGCAUCUGAUGCCUCCUUCUACUCGGCAGGGAUGAAGUGGACGAACCCCAAUGACAAGCCUCAGCAACAGCGACUCUGGACUGAGAGGUCUCUUCUCAGCGCCGCUCCCAAGGAAGUUACCUUUACAAACCAAGAAGAUUUCUCUGUCCAUUUCUAUCAGCAGGUGUUCUCCACUGAAGGUGCCUUGGUUGACAAGGAGACCAAAACCCUGACGACAAAGAAUUUGACGGCUUCUGUAGCAUCUCUAGCUGAGAAGGGCUGCUCUCACUCCGAUAUUCAAUUCAAGGUCAAGCUACGGCUUAGCACUGAAGGCAGUGAAGUGGAAGUUGAUAGCGCAUCUAUCGCAUGUGAGGCUGAAGUACAAGAAAAGGAAGGCUCGGUCAUGGAUGGUGUCAAGAAUCUCUUCGGAUUUGGGAAGAACAAGGACCAACAGCCCUUGAAAGAUGGCGAGAAUGCCGACACAGAGGCUUCUGAGAGUUCUGAGAGUGCUUCAACCACUCAAUCUACUGAAACGGCCACGACUUCUGUGGAUUCCAGCAGUUCUUCAACAACCACAACUGCGUCUUCAGUGCCUGCCGAAUCCCCGGAGAGCAACUCUGCCCCAAAAAAGAAGCAGCUUGUUGUAAUCCCGAUAGACUACACCGUAGAGAAGGCGGGCAUCCCUGCUCUAACCAAAUCAGAACUCGCCAAGGCCAAGGAACGCCUCCAGGCAUUUGAAGCGUCUGAUAAAUCCAGGCGUUUGAGAGAGGAGGCUUUGAACCAGCUUGAAGCCUUCACUUACCGAGUUAGGGAUUUGUUAGAAACCGAAUCCUUCACAGCCGCCUCUUCCCCGGAAGAGCGCAGCAAGUUGGAGAGCAAAGCUAGCGAUGUUAGUGACUGGCUCAACGACGAGGGCGCUGAUGCAUCCCGUGAAGAACUUAAGUCUAAACUCAAGAGCCUCAAAGGUCUUGUCUCGCCCAUUGAGAAGCGAAUGGAGGAGGCACGUAAGCGACCUGACCUGAUCAAGAGCUUGAAAUCUGCACUGGAUCAGACAAACGUUUUUAUCGACAAUAUCAAAGAGAAGAUUGCCGAAGGAGAUGCACAGAUGUCCUCCCUCAGCGCCAGCAUUUCUUCCACUAGCGAAUCAAGCUCGACUGUCACAUCCGCUCCUUCACAGGAUGCUGACUUUGAAGGUCUUGAAGAUGACGUAACCACCACUUCAACUACUACUACUACUGCCACCGAAGAUCCCGCUCUAGUGCCGCCUAUGUAUACUCUUGAUGACCUGAAAGAUAUCACGGGCCUUUCAAGUUCUAUCGUCAUUUGGCUAGAGGAGAAGAUCGCUCAACAGGAGAAACUUCCUGAGACAGCAGACCCCGUAUUGCUUGCCAAGGAUCUUGAGGAGAAGACGAAGAAGCUUGAAAAGGCAGGGAUGGAUCUGCUUAUGAAGUCUAUCAAGAGCCAGGAGAAGGGCAAGAAGAAGAGUAGCUCGAAGAAAUCGAGUAAGACGAAGACUAAGACCAAGAAGGGAUCUACCAAGACGGAUAGUGACGGGUCAGAGCCCACAAUAGAUGCAAAGGAUCGGGAGAACUUCAUCAAGCUCGGAAAGGACGGCAAGGGCCCGACGGCGGAGGAACUGGAGGAGAUGAUCAAGCGCAUGUCCGAGGAGCAACUGAAAAAGGAGGAGUCAGGGAAAAAGCACGAUGAACUAUAAACAUAUACUUAGGGUGCAGAUAGACCUUGACGAAUGAUAAAAGACAGCUUUCUAAGAGCAACUAAGAGCAACAAUCCUAAUUACAGCCCUAGUUAUCAGGUGAGGUGAGAGAGCUGGUUUGAGCAAGUACAUCACCUAUACUUGUAGUAUAGGUACCUACAUGUAGAUGCUCAUCCACUUACAUACCUAUGUAUAGAAUAUGUAUCUCC